AUGGCCGCAUCACAAACCCUCACCCUCGCAGUCUCCCAGUCUCACACUCUGUCUACCACUGCUGAAACGCUCGAGGCUUUGUCACAACAGUGUCGCAAGGCGUCAAAGCUAUCCCCCUCGCCUGAUUUGAUACUCUUCCCCGAAGCUUAUCUCGGUGGGUAUCCUCGAGGAGCGGAUUUCGGAGCUGUGGUGGGAUCGCGUGAUCAGAAGGGUCGAGAACAGUUUUUGAAUUAUUUCAAAGAUGCUGUGGAUAUGGGUGAUACGCCUGAAGGGGCGGGAGAAAAAUGGGUGAAGAGGGAAUUGGAGGGACAGGGAGAAGGAGGUAGUCAUGUUAGGAGAGGAGAUGGAACGCGGGAGGAACUGGAGUUGGUGGCGAGGGAGACGGGGAUCUUUAUUGUGACGGGGUUUGUGGAGAGAGCGGGUGGAACGCUUUAUUGUGCUGUGGUUUAUGUGUGUCCGAAAUUGGGAGUAAUUGGCAAAAGGAGAAAAGUGAUGCCGACAGGAAGCGAACGCCUGGUAUGGGGCCAAGGGCAACCAUCCUCACUCCGAGCCGUAACCACCACCAUCAAAGGCGUCAAACUAACCUUAGCAGCUGCUAUUUGCUGGGAGAACUACAUGCCUCUCUUGCGCCACUCCCUCUACAGUCAAAACGUCAAUCUCUAUCUCGCCCCCACCGCCGAUAAUCGCGAUGCCUGGACGGCCCUCAUGCGAACGGUAGCUUGCGAGGGCCGAUGCUUCGUCCUGAGUGCGAAUCAAUGUAUUAAGAAACAGAACCAACCAGCUUGGAUCUAUGGCGAGAAAUCUGAAAGCGAGGAAUUCACAUCUAGAGGAGGUUCUUGCAUCGUUUCUCCGCAAGGAGAGAUUUUGAAAGGUCCGUUGUGGGAGGAUGAUGAUGGGUUGAUUACGGUUGAGGUUGAUUUUGAUGAUUGUUUGAGAGGGAGAUUGGAUUUGGAUGUUGCGGGGAGUUAUUCAAGAAAUGAUGCGUUUAAAUUGACGGUGACUGGACUUGAUAUUAGUCCUCCUCUCUGA